CUUCCGAAUACCGAACCAACAGAAAUUGAAGAUGUAAUGAAAAUCAUCCAGGUAAUAAAUAAAUAAUCAUAUAACAACUAUAAGUGUUCUUUGUCAUGGAUAUGAAUUUCAAACAGUACUAUCAACCAACUAACUUAACUACUGAUAUUCAUAACACAAACGAUAGUAAUCAAUAUACAGAAAAUGAGCAAACAGAAUUCGACAAGUCAAGUACAAACGUGAUCGUUUCAAAUCAUAUUAAAGAAUAUGUUCCUAGUACUAUAAUUUCUUCAACUGUAUCUAGUUCACCUACUAUUCCUAAUCAAACCUGUAAUAGUAAAUAUGAUACUAUUAAUAAUAACACAGUAACUAAAAUGACAACGGUUACAAAUUUUCCACGUAAUACUACAGCAAAUCCAAUUUUCAAUUUUUGGCGUAAUUCAACAAGACGUUCAGGGAAUUGGGGCAGUCGUACUGGUACAAAAAAAUCAUUUGUAUGGAAAUAUUUUUUUCAUCCUGAGUUACAUUUGGGUACUAAAGAUUUAACUCAUACACAAUGUAUUCUAUGUGAUAGUUUACUAGCAUUUAAUAAUUCCGGUACAACAACCACUAUGUUAAAUCAUUUAAAAAGUCGUCAUGGUGAAAUUGUUCAACAAGAAUAUCAGCAAUCUAAAAAAUCACGUUGUGGUUUAAUGACAUUAAAAGAAAUGAACAAAAUGACUAAAUUAAAUUAUAAUUUAACAAAUAAUAAUACAAAAUUAAUUGACUGGUCAAAUAAUUUGAUUACAUCAACAUCAGAAUCAUUAAAAUCAUCAUCAUCUGGACCACCAGUACCAAUGACACUAUCCUACACAAAUGAACACAAUAAUCCAACUUUAUUAUCAAGGCGUACACAUCGUGGACGUCCACCUGGUUCAUAUAGACAUUUUGAUUAUUCAAUGGUAAAUCAUAAAUUCAACCAAAUUAAUAACAAUAAUAACUAUUCAAUGAAAAUUCAUAAUUCCAGUAUCAAUAAAUGUGGAGAAAAAGAAGUAAUCAAAGAAAACGAAGAAAUAACACAAUUACAAACACAAAUUAAGGUUAACACUUGUAGCCCAUCAUACAGAUUAGGUAAUGAAAAGUGUACAAAUUCAUCCAAUUUCCUAUGGUCAAUACCAAAUAUGUUUACUUCACUAAAUAAUACACAAUUAUAUAAUACUACAUUACCAUUAAUAAAUAAUGAAUUAAUAAAUUCCAAUGAUAAUAUUAUCAAUCAACCAAUAGUAUCUUCAUCUAAUUUAAACAAUCAUCAUCAUAACCAUCAGAAUAAUAAUAAUAAUAAUAAUAAUAAUAAUAAUAAUAAUAAUAAUAUACAAACAUCAAAUUUAUCUAAUGAAUUAUUUAAUGAAUUAUUUAAUUCAAUAAAUCCUAUAUCAAAUAUACAAUUGAAUUUAACAAAAUUAACUAAUUUAUAUAUAAAUGAAUAUUAUAAACAUAUUAAUCAACAAUUAUUAAUCAAUAAAAAUAAUAAUGAAAUAUUUAAUCAGUCAAUAUUUAAUAAUUAUUUAAAUUCAUUAAAUUUAUCUAUAAAUGAUACAUUAGAACAACAAAAUUUUAUUAAUAAUAAUAAUGAAUUACAAUUGAAUAAAUUGAAUAUAAAUAUCAAUCCAUUACCUAUAACAAAUUUCUCGAUCAAAACUUACCAACCAUUAUUAAUCGAUACAAAUGAACCACUUGAUCUAAGUUUAUCUACAUAUAAACAAAAAAUUGAACAAGAAAAAUUAGAAAAUAUUUUAUAUUUAAAAUCUUAUAAUAAUAAUAAUAAUCAUUCUCCAAUAUUAAUGAAUAGUACAGAUAAUAAUAAUAAUUGUAAUGAUAAUAAUAAUAGUAAUAGUAAUGAAGACUGGAAUUAUAAUUCAGCUUUUACAAAAGUUACAAACCUUAAAGAAUCAUUAUCAAAAUCUCCAAAACAAUCAUUAAAUAAUUCAAUAAUGAAGAAUGAAAAUGUAGAAAUUCAAAAAAAUUGUACAAGUACAAAUACAAUACAUAAUGAAAUCAAUACUGAUCCGACUAGUGAGAAUACUGGGUACAACAAAUCAUCUUCAGUAAUUUCACUGGAUAAUGAAUCAAUUAACCAGCAUCAAGGUGUAGAAGAAUUUCAACUGCUGAAUCAGAAAACCGAUGAACCAAUUCCUUCUUCAACUCCUUACUUUGUCAACAACUAUCCACUGUCUUGCUUUUCUCCAUCAUGCGAGGAAUUUCAUUAUCGUCUAGCUUACUUUUUAAUACGUGAUUUUCAUCCACCAGGAAUACUGGAGGAAGAAGGAUUCAAGAUAUUAAUUGGAAUAUUAUGGAAUAAAUUUCAAAAAAUCGAUAAAGAUAUGAAUUAUAAUGUUCAAUAUAAUUUCUUACCAUCAUCAAAAUUAAUGGAAAAUCAAAUAUUAAAUAAUUUAUAUAAUCAAUUAAAAUUUAACAUCGAUAAUAAAAUUAAAAAAUUAAUUACAUUACAACAAACAAUAGAAAAUCAUUUAUUGAUUUUACCACAAAUCACUAUAUCAUUAAAAUUUUGGUCAUUAAAUCCAGAGAAUAAUAAUAAAUUUAAUAAUGAUAAUUUAUUCUUUGAAUAUGUUGAUAUUGAAUUAAAUUUCUUUGUAAAUUCUCAAUAUAUUUCUAAAUAUAAUCAUAUUUUCUAUGGUACUUAUGAGAUAAAUAAAAUACAGACAUUAAACGAAAUAUUAAAACCUUGUUGGAAUUCGAUUUACUCACAAUUCAACACAAACUAUGAUUAUAUUUUAUCCGAAUGGCCUAUUAUUAUAUUAACCAAUUGUUUAGAAUAUACUUUAAAUGCAUUCAAAGAAUCUUGUCCAAUUUCCAAUUAUCUUAUAUUACCAUAUUUCAAUGUUUACAUGAAGAAUGCUGUACAGCGUGCAUUAUGUAUACCAGAAAUUAAUGAAGUUCUAACAAACUACCGGAAAUCACUUCAAACACUUGAUGAAAAUGUUCAACAGAUGGAGGACUUAUCUUCAGAAUCAAAUCUCAAAAGUCAAUCAAAUGAUCAAAUCAACAUAAAUGAAUCUUUAUCAGAUAUCUUAAAUUUAAUCACUCGUAUAAUUCCUAACAUGGAUCGAUUACCUCAUUUCACCGACGUAGACAUGAACCUGAUUAACCGAAUUUUUAAAUCGAUUGAAAUUGUGCAAGAGAUUGAAAAGCUAUGUAAAACCAAUUAUUCACAUUUUACUGUAUCAAUGAUAUUACCAAUAUUAAAAAAUUUAUAUUCAAUAAAUAUUGAAAAAAUAAAUGAUAAUUUAUCAAAUCAUUUUUAUACUACUAUAAUAACAUAUUUAAAAACAAUUUUUAAUGAGAAUAAUAUAUUGGAAGAAUUUCUUUAUAUUUCAACAUUUCUUGAUCCACGUUUUAAGAAUUCAAUUAAUCAAAAUGAUUAUGAACAUAUUCUACAUAGAUUACAAAUAAAAAUAACAUUACUUGAUGAUUAUGUUGAAAAAAUGGGAUUACAUCGUAAAAUAAGUUAUAUGGAUGAAUUUCAAUAUGCAAUUAAUGAUUAUUUAAAUGAAAAACCAAUUAAUAUUAAUGUGAAUCCUAUCCAAUGGUGGAAUGAUCAAUGUGAUAAAUCAGAAAAAUAUUGUAUUUUAAAAAUUUUAGCUUUAUAUUAUUUAACGAUUCCAUUAAAUAUAUUAAAUAAUAAUAAUAAUAAUAAUAAUAAUAAUACAAAUAUAGAUGAUAUCAGUAGUCCCCCUUCUGAUAUCAGUUGUCCUUCUUCUGAUAUCAGUAGUAAUUAUACUCAACAACAAAAUAUAAAUAAACUUAUAGAACAAUUUGAAAAUUCUUUUCAAAAUGAAAAUAAUUCAAUACAAAUUAAUACCAGUAAAACUAUUAAUGUUGAAAAGAAUAUAUUACAAGAUAAUCAUAUUUCCACUGUAAUAUCUACUGAUUAUUGUAAAUUAAAUCAUUCAUUAAAUUUAUGGACUAGAGUUGGAACUAAAUUUAUUCCAAUUUAUCGAUUUUUAAGAAAAAAUUGGAAAUUUUCUGAAAAGUUUGAACAUACGGAUGAGGAUAUUAAUAUCUGAACUACUCAAAUGAAAAUAAUUCGAUUAACUUAUCAAGAGUUAUUCAAUUAUACAAUCAAAAUAAUAUUUGAAAAUAAAAUGUCUUUUGUUCUUUUCAAUGGAUGAAAAUCAAUUUCUAGUCUUUAUCUUGUAGUCGAUUCAAUUAUAAUUCUUAUAAUACAACACAUAAUAGUUAAAACUAAAUAUGAUUAUCAAGUCAGUCUGAAAAUUAUGGAAAUAAAAUCAUUGAACAUCAUCAUCAACGACAACAAAAAGAAAACAAAAAAGAGAAGAAGAAAAACAACCUUAAAAAUUUACAGCAUGAAAAAUUUACAAUGGGAAUUACAUGUCAUAGCUUACAUAUUUCUUCUUAAUGUAAUUUUCUAGUUUUCAUUCAAUAAUUUAGUCUUUCUAAUACUUUUCUUUUUCUUUCUUUUGUUUUUUUAGAUUCGAUUUUAAUUUGUAAAAAUUAUGAAAAAAAAAUUUUAAUUGUUUAUUUUUAUCUUUUUCUUUUUUAAUAUUUAAGUUGACUUAUAAUGAAUUAAUCAUUGUCGUAAAACAAAAAAGUAAACUGUAGAUUUAC